AAAAAUAUAACUUAGAGGAUCAAAGUUUCUAUUUUUUAAAAGUUUGGGGGGGGGGGGGUGGUGCCCCCUCAGGCUCCCCCUGUCUCCGCUGGUGACUUCCUCCAUCCACACUUGUUUUUUCUCCUUCGAUGAUGAUGAUUGGCUCAUCUGUCUUGUCUUUUAGUCCUUGCUCAUCUAUUUCAUCUAUAAUUUCUCCUAAAGAAGUUUUUGUUGGUGUUAGAUUGGCUGCACCCUUUCAAGUGCUUAUGGUGGCCUUUUCCUCCUUCAAAUCCUAGAUUGUUAAUAUUGUUAAAUAUAUAUCAAUAAAUAAAAUUGCUUUGUUCAAAGAGUUAUAAGAGUUAGAUUAAUAUAAAAUUAAUAUAUAUGAUCUACAUAAAUAAAACUUUUAAUCCAAC